UUUUAUUAUAUAAUUAUGACGGUCUUAUCAUCAGUGCAGGCUGGCGACUUGACAUUGACCGCCGCUGUCAGCCGCUAUCGUUGACAGCCACUGGCACAGCUGACACCGUGUAAUCGUGUUUCGAAUCGUUCUCUGAAUCAUUCCGGCAGGAAAUACGCGACGCAAUAUAAUCGCCUUCGCGCGUUCCUCGGGAUAUCUGUGCGCGGCGCAUAUCUCGCACGAGAAAAACGCGCGCGUUCUCGCAGCCAUGGUCCGCGCUGUCGAGUUUCUCUCGCUGACUCUCGCGGAAUCGGUGAGACCCGUCGUAUGAGGUUAUGUCGCGGAAAAUGAUCCGGAGCGACGUGUCCUGCAGAUUCGUCACGGUGCUCGCGGUGAUACUCGAAAUCUCGGCCACCAAGCAUUGGUACGUCACGGAAAAUGGGAGAAUUCAGCCGCAGCACGACAGCGUCUUCGAUAUGCGUCGACCGUACGACCUCUUGGGGUUUCUGGAGCAGGAAAAACGCAGGGAGACGGCCGAUGCCAUAUACAAAAAGAUCUCGAGGAAGGAAGUGUCCAUUGACAAUCAGUUUGUCGGUCUAGGCAUGGCCGAUGCGGAAAACUCGAACUCGGACUGUUUCUCGUGGGACAAGUCGUUGACCGACGUCGACGUGCACGCCAGUAUAGUAAUCGAUUACAGGCUUAAAGAUGGGAUAGACCAAACUGAUUAUCUGUUAUAUAAUGUGGUGGCCAGCAGUAAACAAACAGUUCCAGAUUGUCGGGGAACGUUUCCAUUAGAUUUCAGCAUAUAUACGUUUGAACAUCUUAAAGCGAUGCAGAACCGAAAGAAUCUUACACAGCACGAGGAACUCGGCUUAAUGAGAUACCUACCGUGGAACACCGAUCUCAAUCAGUUCGGUCAUCAACUCGCUUAUAGCUUGUCUCGCAACAGCACCUCCUGGGUAUACCUGAAUCUAGCGUCGAUUUAUUGGCGAAUCAGGGGAAACGCUUACAAUGCUUUAGAGUGCAGCCGUAGAGCGAUCGUGCGCGCUCCAAGGCAAUAUCGUGAUAUCCCUCUCCUGACUACCGCCGGCAUUUUACACGCUGCGAGAUAUUCCGGCGAGGCCGCGAUUAUUUUGCACGCGGCGAUAGAUCACAAUCCAACAGAGAGCCAUCACCAUCUGGCGCUGGGCCACGUUUACACGUCCCUCGGCGACUUCGAUCGGUCUGCGGCGUGCUACGAUAACUGCCUGAGGCUGGCGCCCGACACGAUAGAGGCCAAACAGAUGAAGUACGCCAUACUGUGCCAUCGUUUCUUGGAAACGUCUUUGCUAUUGUUUGAUCAGCGCCUGCGGAACGUGUUGACGGAGAUACAUGCGUAUCACGACUGGAAGGAGGAGUGGUUCAAGCUCUACGAGCAUAUGCUCUGGGAGCAAAAUAUUAAAUCUGCUACCAGAGAGAUUAAGCUCGCUUUCGCGCGAGAACAGAAUCUGCAUUUGCUCGCGAUAAAUCCGGUUGAAAGGUCGAUUCAUCAUAUCGAUAACAACAUUGUGUUGUCUUACAUGGAUUUAGGAGACAGGAAGAAAAUAGCUGAGAACAUGUUGCAGAAUGUUCACGUUAGUCUCCACCUGUUGAAAAAUCUGCAGAAACAAGUGAAGGAGCGUAGUAAUCGCAUUUCAAAAGACGUAAUCAUGGAAUUAAAUGUGGAGUACAAUAAUUUAUUUGCAUCGCCAACGAAGAGUCCAAAAUAUCAUAAUGUGGAAAUCAAGAAAGGAAAUGAAGAUUUCGAAGCUGACGAUUGGCCAAAGAUAUCCGACUGUGAUAGUUCUAUGCUAAUGUUUGGAGAUGGAAAGCAAUAUUUACCUAUUUAUUUAUCACCUGAGAACAAAGGCUACGCAACACAUUUAUUCGUGAAUGAAUUGAUUGACAUAGAACCAUGGAAGAGGCAUCCGUUGCCGUGGCAUCCGCCGUUAUGCCAAUCACCUAAAUUGUUUAAUGAAAGAUAUAUUACGCAUAUGUUGCUGGAUGCAACGGUGCAACAGCAUUCGCCGGACAUUUCUCUGAAAUCAUUUCUACACAAUUUGGUUCACACCGCGGACUUGGCGGAAAUUGGUCAGAGAAUUUUGACGGCAACUGAAGCGAAAGUAGCAGCUCCAUGGGUAUUGUCUAUGCUUGCAUCUUUACAUUGGAGAAUAGUAGGAAAACCUCGUUUAGCCUUGGAUUGCCUUCAAUUAGCAUUGGAAAAUGUUCCUAAAGAAUUUAAGGACGUACCUUUAGUUAGUAUAGCUUCGAUACACCAUAAAGUAGGUUUAAUCGACGAUGCUUUAAGAAUUACGGACAAAGCUUUACAAAUUAAUGCUGUGGAGCCGAUGACUAAUUUUUUGUUUGGUAUAUUAUUGAAUAUAAAAGGAAAUUACACAGGAGCUAUACAUUAUUUGAAACAAGCGUUAAGGGUGGAUUCACAUUUACAUGAUGGUAGGGCAUUAAUGUUAUUGAAAACAUUAGCCUGUCGCGAAAAAUUUAAUGUUAUUACGGGUAAUUGUCCAGGCUGUGAAGAACAAAGAAUUAAUUUACACAAACACUCUACGAACCUGCCUUCUGUAUUACUUACUAAGUAUAAUUUGCGAGCAAGUGAUACGAUUUUGCGAAAACGACAAAUCAAGAAUUGUAAACAUAUCAAGUAUGUUUCAACAAAGACAGAAGAGACAGGAAUGAAUUGUUGGAGUAAUCACAAAAUCGGAUUAUUGGACGUGUCGUACUACAGUAAGAAAGAACAUGUGCGUCAAGGUCUUAUACAUUCAUUAUUACUUCCCAAUAGUGCAACUAAACUACAUGACCCACAUGUGCAUAUGACCAGAAUUUCAGAUAACGACAUGCUACGUGCGUACACCGAUUUUGAUAAGAUGCCCGAGAAUCAAAAAGAGUCAUAUUAUCCAAGUAAGGAUGAAUGCGAUGAUCUCAAGUAUGAAGACUGGGCUGCUUCUCUAUUCGUAUUUCAUAAAUUUAUACGACGAAAUGUCACCAUCGAAGAUGAGAUCGAAUCGUUGGACGAUGAUAUUCCGAAUUUGCAGCCAAUAUGUAAUAAGGGUAAUUCCGAAAUGAGUCGCGUUACCGAGGUGGUGCAAUUCUCGCAGUUGCUGCAAUACAAAGCCGAGCUCGAUAUGGCCGAGUGGCUGAUGAUGAUGACCGGAAUGCAGAACGACACUCUGCAAGGACUCGGGACCAAAAUCGCGUUUGCUUUGCAAAAGCAUUACGCUUCUUGGACCCUGGCGAUAGCCGCAUCGUUUUACUGGCGCGUGGCAGGCGACAGUCGUAAGGCGCUGGAUUGUAUGUGGCAAAGCCUAGAGAACACUCCGAAGGAUAAGCAGGACAUACUUCUCGUGAACCUGGCGUCUUUACUUAGCUCGCAGAAUUAUUUCCACGAGGCCCUCGAAAUUGCUCAGAUAGCGCUCUCAAUUGGUCCGGAUUUCAUAAUUAAUCAUUACGUUGUCGCUAAUCUUCAUGCCGCUUUGGGUGACUUCGAGACUGCUGCAAGUUUCUACAGAUCUUCACUUGAUCUCGAUCCGAAUUUCGAGCCGGCUAUUACGAGGUUGCGAGUGAUACUAUGUUUCUUGUUGUUUGACGAUAAAAAAUUCGCAAUGAGCGAGAUACUGCGGAAUAUUUUGUAAAGUUAUCUUUUGCAAAAUCGUUAAUGCAAAGUAAUUUGACGAAAGUGCCUUUUUACAUUAUUGAUAUAAAACAUGAGAAGGAAUACAUACGUUACAGUAUUAAAAACAAUGAAAAGGCGAUUGUCAUAGGGUACAUUAUUAUGUGUAUUGCAAUAUAUAAUUUUAAAACAAAAAGAAUAAUUAGAUAAUAACAAAUUGUUAAAUUUUACUGAAUUUUAUAAUCGAAUAAGAUAUUUUCACGUCGAACUUCUAAGUUCAGCAUUGGCAUUUUGGAAUAUUUAGAGUUGAUAAAGAAAAAUUUUAGAGCACGUUUUUAGAUGUAUUUAAUUACCUGUUAUAGAUAUUAUUAUUUAUUCUCAUAAAUGUGAUAACUCCUUGUUGUAUUAGUGAUUAUGAAGCAAUACAUCAUUGAAAUAUAAAAAGCAUUGAAUAAAAGUGAAUUUUGCUAUGAUCUUGA